GCGUAAAGUGUUAUGAACCACAGGAGGACAAUUGUAUGCUCGAGCUGAUAGCCCAGAUUCCUACUUUGCCUGUGACAUUUGAACGCAGCACAAGUGCCGCCCCGCUCUACCGGAUUUCAGCCGGUAGGCACUCGUUUUCUGCCAGUGACAGUCAUCCCUUUAAACCCUAAGGACCUCCUGGAUUGUCCACCUGCCCGACAUCUGUCCCUUUCCUCACCGCGCGGCGCGAUGAAGCGGAAACUGAGCGACAUUUAGGAGCAGUCUAAAGGACUUCUGUGCAACAGGCACCUGGGCUGCAAACUCACUGAAGGCUGGUCGGAGGAACUGUUGCACAAAAUCCCGCUGCGAUGUCUCUGCUGUGCGUUAGAGUAAAGAAAGCCAAACUCCACGGGCCCCCAGACAAAUUCAACGCCUACGUGACUUUGAAGGUGCAGAAUGUGAAAAGCACAACCAUCACAGUCCGAGGGGACCGGCCAUGUUGGGAACAAGACUUCAUGUUUGAGAUCAGUCAUCUAGAGUCCGGGCUGGUGGUGGAGCUGUGGAACAAAGGUUUGAUCUGGGACACGAUGAUCGGCACGGCGCUGAUACCCCUCAGCUCCAUUCGACAGUCUGACGAGGAGGGACCAGGAGAGUGGACGUCUUUGGACUCUGAGGUGUUAAUGAGGGAGGAUGAGAUCUGCGGCACCACCAACCCAACUCCGCACCAAGUGCUGAUGGACACUCGCUUUGAGUUGCCCUUCGACAUUCCCGAAGACGAGGCUCAGUACUGGACCAGCAAACUGGAGCGGAUACAUAAUGAGUAUCCAUCACAAGAUGAGGGCCAGAGAAGAAGAAUGCCAUCUGUGCCUUCCCAGUGCUGCAGUUGGAGUUAUUUUGGAUGGAGUGACCAACAGACUUUUGAUGACCAUGACAGUGCAGUGGACGACUGGGACAGUGAAACUGGAAACAAACCUCCACCCUUCCACAACACUUCCCAAACAAAUUCCUCAGUGCAUCAGUAUCCCAUGAUGCGCAGGGUUCAACAUCAAACACUGUCAAAGGAGUCUGACUCUGUGCAUAGCUAUGAGCUAGAAAUGAGGGGGCCCAGCCCUCCAGACAGCAGCCACUUUGAUUCGUCAGGCAACCUCAGCCCAGUCAGCUCUCAGCUGAGCUCUGAGCCUGAAGAGCGCCGACAUGUAGAGUCCUGCCACCCCAGUAAGCCUCGCCCUCCUCUCCAAAACCAGCCGUCCAACUGGAACAAGGAAGAAGAGGACGAUGCUGAAAAGGACGUGCAUGCACUGCCAGAGCCUGGUUCUAAGAAAGAUUUAAAGGACUCUUCCGACAUCCUUCCUAAACCAACCUUGGACAACUGCGAUAACAAGAGACAGACAAAUGGUUUCUUCGUAGAUGGCCCUCCACCCUGCUCUCCGUCCAAAGUUCGCUGGCUGAAAGCCUACAACAAAGUGAGAGUGAAACUGCACGAGAGCCGAGAUCAAGAUGGUGACCUCAGCAAGCACCCGUGGGCCAAGCCAGGGGGGAACACACCGUUUGGCAUUGACAGCAUGCCAGAUCUCCGCAAGAGAAGGCCCAUUCCCCUCGUUAGUGAGCUGGCUAUGUCUAUGCUACAGUCCAGGAAAGCUGGACUCGCCCACACACUGGCCACACGGACCUCCCUGAAAGACGAAGAGCUUAAAAACCACGUAUACAAGAAGACCCUGCAGGCUCUCAUCUACCCCAUCUCCUGCACCACGCCGCACAAUUUUGAAGUGUGGACCGCCACCACACCCACUUACUGCUACGAGUGCGAGGGUCUGCUGUGGGGCAUCGCCCGGCAGGGAAUGCGCUGUGCAGAGUGUGGGGUCAAAGUGCAUGAGAAAUGCCAAGAGCUGCUAAACGCUGACUGCCUGCAAAGAGCGGCCGAGAAGAGCUCCAAGACCGGGGCAGAGGACCGGACGCAGCACAUCAUCAUGGCCAUGAAAGACCGGAUGAAAAUCCGCGAGAGGAACAAGCCAGAGAUCUUUGAGGAGAUCCGUAAAGUGUUCAACGUCUCCAAGAUGGUCCACACCCAGAACAUGAAGAACAUUAAACAGAGUGUGCUGGAUGGCACUUCCAAGUGGUCAGCCAAGAUCACCAUCAAUGUCGUCAGUGCCCAGGGUCUCCAGGCCAAGGACAGGACAGGUUCCAGUGAUCCUUAUGUGACCAUCCAAGUGGGUAAAACCAAGAAGAGAACAAAGACAAUCUACGGCAACCUGAACCCAGUCUGGGAGGAAAAGUUCAGCUUCGAGUGCCACAACUCAUCAGAUCGGAUCAAGCUGCGGGUUUGGGACGAGGACGAUGACAUCAAGUCGCGAGUGAAGCAGCGUCUGAAGAGGGAGUCGGACGACUUCCUGGGACAGAGCAUCAUUGAGGUCCGAACGCUCAGUGGAGAGAUGGACGUGUGGUAUACCCUGGAAAAGAGGACAGACAAGUCGGCGGUGUCUGGUGCCAUCCGUCUUCAGAUCAGCGUGGAGAUUGAGGGAGAGGAGAAGGUGGCGCCCUACCACGUGCAGUACAUGUGCCUUCAUGAGAAUACGUUUCACUUUACGACGGAUGUCGAGGGAGGCGGCGCGGUGAAGAUCCCGGCCGCUCAGGGAGACGACGCGUGGAAGGUUUACUUUGAUGAAGUGCAACAGGAAAUUGUGGAUGAGUUUGCGAUGCGUUACGGCGUUGAGUCCAUCUUCCAGGCCAUGACCCAAUUCUCUUGCCUGUCCUCUAAGUACAUGCUGUCAGGGGUGCCGGCAGUGAUGAGCACCCUGCUGGCCAACAUCAAUGCCUUCUACGCCCACCCCACCGCCUCCACCAAUGUCUCUGCUCCAGCCAGAUUUGCAGCCUCCAACUUCGGGAAAGACCGUUUUGUGAAGCUCCUGGAUCAGCUGCACAACUCCCUGCGUAUCGAUCUCUCCAUGUACAGAAAUAACUUCCCAGCCAGCAGCAAGGCUCGCCUCAGUGACCUCAAAUCUACUGUGGAUCUUCUCACCAGCAUCACUUUCUUCAGAAUGAAGGUCUUGGAACUGCAGAGUCCUCCCCGUGCAGCCAACGUGGUGCGAGAUUGCGUCAAGGCCUGCCUGAACUCCACCUACGAGUAUAUCUUUAACAACUGUCUGGAGCUCUUCAACCGCCAGUUUCAACCCGCCGUCCAAGCACCCGAGCCAGACAAGAAAAAGAAGAAGAAGAAGAAGGAAAAAGCAGAGGGUCAGGAAGCUGAAGAUGAUGAUGAAGAGGAGGAGGAUGAAGAAGAAGAGGAGGAAGAGGAGGAGAAGAAAGAGGAGAGUCAACCGGAAGAGCAGGGCCCAAGCAUCCAGAAUCUGGACUUUUGGCCUAAACUCAUCACACUCAUUGUGUCCAUCAUUGAGGAGGAUAAGAACUCGUACACACCCAUCAUUAACCAGUUUCCUCAAGAGCUCAAUGUGGGUAAAGUCAGCGCAGAGGUCAUGUGGAUGCUCUUCGCUCAAGACAUGAAAUAUGCCCUAGAGGAACAUGAGAAGCAUAAGCUCUGUAAGACUGCUGACUACAUGAACCUGCACUUUAAGGUCAAGUGGCUGUACAACGAGUACGUUAAGGAGCUGCCUGCCUUCAACGACGCUGUGCCAGAAUACCCUGCAUGGUUUCUCCAGUUUGUCCUUGCCUGGCUCGCUGAGAACGAGGAGGUAUCCAUGGAGUUUAUGCAUGGAGCACUGGAGAGAGACAAGAGAGAAGGGUUUCAACAGACAUCUGAGCAUGUUCUGUUCUCCAGCUCGGUGGUGGACAUCUUCACUCAGCUCAAUCAGAGCUUUGAGAUUAUCAAGAAACUGGACUGCCCUAACCCCACGGUGGUGGCACAUUAUAACAGACGCUUUGCCAAGACGAUCACCAAAGUGCUCCUGCAGUACUCUGCUCUGCUGGCCAAGAGCUUUCCCUCCUACUGUGAGAAGGAGAAGAUACCGUGCGUGCUGAUGAACAACAUCCAGCAGAUGAGAGUCCUUUUGGAGAAGAUGUUUGAGUCCAUGGGAGCAAAACAGUUAACAGCUGAGGAGGAGAUGCUUGAGAAUGAGGAGGAACCCGAUGAGUGUGACGAGGAGGCUGUCUCUGACAACGAAGGCGGCGAUAACAUGUCAGAGGAGACCAAGUCUGGCUGCUCAGACUCUGAGGGAUCUGAGGCUGACAACCGAGAGAAGGAGAAAAAGCUGGGCAAAGAGAAGUCUGAGUCCAAGAAGGAAAAGGCUGAAAAGACAGACAAAGAGAAGCAGGACGACUCCAAGAGCAAAGAGACAAAGGAGGAAGUAAACAAGACUGAAGCUACCACUGCGACCAAGAAGCUGGAUACUGAGGCGGCUGACAUCCUGAACGAUCUGCAGGUGAAGCUCAGCACCGUCCUGGACAAUUUCAGCACCAUGUUUGCUAAGAGUUUCCAGACUCGCAUUAACGGCUGCAUGCGUCAGAUGGCUGAGAUUCUCUACCAGAUGAAAGGCCCCCCCAACCACAGCACCGCUGAGGCAGACGCUGACACCAUGCUGAGGCCCCUCAUGGAGUUUCUGGAUGGGAAUCUCAGUAUUUUUGCUGACAUCUGUGAGAAGACGGUGCUGAAGAGGAUCUUAAAGGAUCUGUGGAAGAUCGUCCUGAGCAGCCUGGAGAAGACCAUCGUGCUGCCUCAGAGCAAUGACAGCUUGGGAGCUCAGCUCCUCACAGCAGCUAAAGGACUUUCUAACCUCAAGGGAGGAGGUGAAGCCAAAACCCUGACGCCCAAGCAGUGCAUAAUUAUUGAUGCAAGCCUCGAGUCAAUCAAGCAAUAUUUCCACGCAGGAGGAAAUGGGCUGAAGAAGGCGUUCGUCGAGAAAAGUCCUGAACUGGCAUCGCUGCGUUACGCCCUCUCCCUCUACUCCCAGAGCACCGAUGCUCUCAUCAAGACCUUUGUCACCACACAGCACUCCCAAGUGCAUGAUGGGAUGGGCAUCAGAAUCACCGCCAAUGAGAAGAUCAGACCUGAUAGGGGUUCGGGGGUAGAUAAGCCGAUCGGAGAGGCCUUGCUGCAGAUCGACAUGCUGCUCGGCAAAGAGCGCAAGGUCAACGUCAAAGUCAUCGCGGUGAACGACAUGAAGUGGCAGACGUCUGGGAUGUUUCGGCCUUUCGUCGACGUCUCCAUGGUCGGUCCAUUCCUGGCUGACAAGAAGCGCAAGUUCACCACAAAAUCCAAGAACAACAGCUGGACGGCUAAAUUCAACGAGGCUUUCCAGUUCGUCCUGGGUAAAGAAUCCCCGGACUGCUACGAGCUGCAGGUGACGGUGAAGGAUUACUGCUUUGGACGGGCGGACCGGGUGGUCGGCGUGGCCGUCGUUCAGCUGCGCGACGUGGCCGACCGCAAGAGCUGCGUGUGCUGGUGUCCUCUCGGGCCACGCGUUCACACCGACGAGACGGGCAUGACGGUGAUGCGUAUCCUGUCCCAGCGUCCUGCUGACGAGGUGGCCAAAGAGUUUGUCAAGCUGAAAUCGGAAACUCGCCCCGCGGAGGAAGGCAGAUGAGCCGAAACGGGCUUUACUGAAAGCGAGGUUUAGAAGCGCGGCUUUGUCUGUGAGCAGCGUUUCACCUUCAUCCUUAACUAACGGAGACCCUUCUGACUGAUGACGUACGAGUUUAUCAUAGUUGGAAUAAGAAAAAUGGAUUUGUUAAAAAGGGCAAAUUUUGAGGAAGAGAUCGUCUCUCAAAAUGUAAAAAAAAGACUUUUCAUAGCACCAGUUUGCGAUACCAGUCCUGUCAAUGGAUUUUAUAUCAGACGAUGACUUUAGAGAGAAUCACCGAUCCAACCAACCCUACGAGAAAGCUCUCAGCAACGACAGACACAAAACAAAAGUCUAAACAGGAAGAAACUUCUGAAAACGUUCUCAGGAACGGCAGCUGUGAUCGUUUCAGGUGAAGGGAAGCUCAGCAUAGCAUCUAUCCAGUUAACUUUGCUUUUUUUUGUGGUGUCAUUUCAUAAUUUAAUAUUUUAGUGAGUUAAUCUGGAUAAAAUCAUUCUGACUUUCAAAAACCACCGAGAUACUUGACCGCGCGACACAUUUUAAAACUAGACCUGAUCAGUAACCUCUGAAGUUUAGCAGCAGGACGACAGCUCAAACACUCCCCUUUCACUCAUGCGUCUAUAAACGACCUCCCUCUGUUUUUUCAUGACUCCAGGGGCCCCUGCUGACCCUCAGUGAGGCCGACGCCACUGUAGGCCUAAGUCUUUGCUCACCCUCCAUAAACUUUGUGAAAUGUGUUUCAGGGUGUAGUCCUUGCUGGUGAAUUGACUGUCUGUUGACUGUGAGUAUCACUGAGAUUACACGAGCCCAUAUUCUUCUAUAAUGUUUGAGCCUUUGAGGCCUUUAAACUCUUUACAGACACCGUGUGUGUGGAACAACCUCUGGAUCCAAAACCUAAUGUCAUGAAAACACACUACAGUGAACAAAUGCUUUAUUUGAUUUGUUGCAGAAAGCCGAAACUUUUAAGACUGAUACACAAUUUAGUCGUAGACGGAGUUGUAACUGUAACGCACAUAUGUUUAUUAACACAACUUAAGAAAGGACUAGUCGUCACACAGUAGUCAGGCUAUGCAUUAUCCACAGAGUGAGCGUCACACAUUUGCAGCCAAAUUUAACAGUGUGAAAUAUUGUGAUACAGCGUCAGAUCCUGAUGAUUUGCAGGUAAUUAAACAGGAAAUGCCUCAGACGUGUUUUUCCCUUUGAUGUUAGCUUCAGACUGAUCUAUAGAACCUGCAGGAGCACUAAUACGGGCUGUGGUUUGAUUUUGUAGCAAGUUUUUAUGGAUUGCGUUGCCUUAAAAUAAGCAGAUGAGUUAGCUAACGAAGCUAGCCUGCUUUAAGAGACUUGAAAUAUGACAACACUGACUUGUAAAUUAAAAGAAAAGAAAAGAUGUUAUUCAGAAGCAAAAACUCUGACUGACUGCUGGGCCGUUGGGUGUUUGAGGUUUUGAUCUAAUGCUAAUUUGUGAUGGUGACAAAAUGCUGUGAAUGGAAACAACAGCUGAAAAACCCUUUUAAGUGUUACGUAGCGUGAACACGAAUAUAGGACCAAACAUGAUCAUUCCAUUUCGUUUACUUUAACAGUUUUUACAAACUAGGACAGAUGCAAUCAGCCGCCGCAGCCUCGCCGCGCGUGCACCGUCACAUAUUUGACCGUGGCAUUUUGCAUUAACGUAAAACUUUGAAGGAAAAUACAGGCAGAGCAAACAGGCCGGUUUGAACGGACUGACUGUAAGUGGGGUUUUUUCCACCCUCUUGUCUGUUUAUGUGCCAAGGACCUCCGUGUUCAGCGAGCCUCAUUCAGCUUUCUCUCAUGUUUCGGGUUGUAUUUGACAGAUGUGGCCUUUGCAGACAUCCCACUUUUUACUUUUCCAAACUGGCUGCACGAAAGCAACUAGAAGUGAGCCACAUCUGUAGUUACACCCGAACUCUUGCACUCUGUUUCACUGUAAGUUUGUAAGAAAUGAAACCAAUGCCUACAUCCAGAGCAUGUAUUUAUUGUAAACAGUCCGCUAGAAUUGUGAUUUCCUUUCCCCCAUGUAUGUACUGUGAAAUAUGAAGACUGUAUGUAAAGUACUUAUCAUUAUUCUAAUGUGACACAUGUUAAAUAUACUUGUAACAUUAUUUUGUACAUAAAAUAUUUAUGAAUCAAGGCAGCGCCUCGUGUCUUUGGUCACAGAGCUCGCUGUUCCCACUCAGCACGGCAGCUCCGGUCAGUGAUUCCUGCCUUACCUGAGCGCCACACUCAGUUGCACACCUGCUCUCCAGGUUUAAUCUUUCUGUCUUUGCAAACACACACCUUCAGUCUUCAUCACGGUAACUGUUGGUUUAGCUAUAAAAAUUCACAGAAAAAAAACCGUUUAAACUAAAGAGCACGAACCACAAGGCCCCGGGUACUGUGGGUGUUCUGGGGUAGCGGUGCUUGGGAUGUUUUGCGUGGCUUGUGCAGGCUCUAUUAUUCUGGGUACUCAGAGACUGUUAAGUGCACUGGUGAUUUUAAAUGGUUGUGGGCUGGAUAAGUACUUAAAGGUGUAUUGCAUAAAGUGCUGCAUGAAUGGCCAGUAAGACUGCAAAAGCGCUGUAUACAUGCAGGUCGAUUCUGUUUUUGUCUGAUUUGUAGCUCAUCUUUAUGAUGCAUUAAUACUGUAAUCCUGCUCAGCCGGUCGUUGAUGAACAUACAGUCAGGGAGAGCUGCUCAUUUAAGUCUGAAUGACUGUUUUUUAUAAUUUGGAAGAAAUAAAUAAUGUCGAGAAAAUAACUGACUAUUCCCCAGAUGUCACAGCACAGAGUUUACUACACGUUCGAAUGACCACAGCGUGAAUCAUCAGGUGAGUAAUGCUGCUGUGGUGUUUGAUUCUAAUUUCCAGGUGUUUCACAGUUACCUUAUGUUGAUGCUUUUUUCUGGUUGCUUUAAAGGUAAUCCACAGGUGACAGGGAAAAAACAUGAGCCCAGAACUGAAUGACUGGCAUCUACAUUCACUUCCUUUUUGGAUGCCUUCCUUGUUUUAUUUAACGAUUAUUAAAAAAAUUUUGAUCACGUUCAGAAAAAUAACUGGUGAAGCAAAUUCCCAGAAGAGAGAGCAG